AUGGACACCGUGCUGUCGUACCUCCCGUCUGGGGAGCAGGGCUUGAUGCCAUACUACCUCUUCUUGGUGGGCAUCGUCUCCGUCGGCAACUCCCUGCAGAACCUCGCCACGCUGCACUACACCCGGCGCAUCUACAACGGGCUCUUUGUGCCCAGCCACCAGAAGAGCAACGACGACAGCAUCCACAAGCUGAUUGUGGCAUCGACCACGGGCAAGGACACGGAGAAGGCGCAGGACCAGGUGACGCCGCUGGCGGCGCGGCUGUUUGGGACGUGGACGAUGCUGGCCGGGUUCGUCCGGAUGUACGCGGCGCACGACAUUGGCAACCGGGCGCUGUACCAGCUCGCGCUGAUUACGCACGUGGUGGCGGCGGUGCACUUUAUCAGUGAGCUGACGGUGUACAAGACGCUGCGGCUGACGGGCCCUCAGCUGUUUCCGCUGAUUGCCGGCACGGGCGGCAGCAUCUGGAUGGCGUUGCAGUACAGCCACUACGUGUCGGCGUAG